CGAGGCCCGUUUAGUCAGGGUUAGUUAUCUCCCUUAAACUUGCUCCCAUCCAAGGUGAAAUCUGACAUGAAAAGGUGCGAGCGAGGAAAUUGAUGUUUAUACAGCAAAACAAAACCUGGCCCUUAUCAACUCUUAUUACCUUUCAAUGCAUAGACAAACAGUUGUUGCAUCGUUCUUUUAUUGCUAAUUACAUGUUUCUUUCGUGAGUAUGACACAAUAUCGCAGCUUCUUAUGUAACCGACAUGUGUCCUAUUAUAAACGACAGUUGCUUCUCUGGAAAACCAUGACACUCAACAAAAGUACGAAAAGUGGUACAACGCAAAACCCCGUGGAAUUAUGCAUGAAUAUGGUUAGAAAAACUGAUUUUGAAAACUAUUUGUGCACCCUUUUGUAUCCCAAAUCAAUAAGAACCUCAGCUUUUGGACUAAGGGCAUUCAAUGCUGAAAUUGCCCAGGUAAAAGAUUUAACUACAGAUCCCAGAAUUGGUGAAAUCAGAUUGAAAUACUGGCAGGAUGUUGUUAACGAAAUAUAUCAGGGGAAACUGCCUCACUUACCUGUUGGACAGGAACUUGCAAGAGCUGUUCAAAAACACAAUUUGUCCAAACACUGGCUCCUACGACUCAUUGAUGCACGGUUCACCAGUCUGAAAGAGAAUCCAUUUACAAGUAUAAAGAAUAUGGAGGACUAUGCUGAGAAAACCGUUUCUUCUCUGCACUAUUUGCUUUUGGAAUGUUUGGGAAUCAAAAAUGUCCAUGCUGACCAUGUAAGCAGUCAUAUUGGCAAGGCAUAUGGAAUCAUCACUCAACUGCGUGGAGUACCGUAUCAUGGUUCAAAGCGAAAAGUAUAUCUUCCAUUAGACGUCCUCAUCAAACAUCAAGUGUCAGAAGAAGCUAUUGUACGUGGAAGAGAUGAUCAAAAAGUAAAAGAUGUUAUCUAUGACAUUGCUUCUGCUGCUCAUCAACAUCUCAAAUUGGCUCGAGAUUUGAAACAGCACAUCACCAAGGAAAUGCUGCCAGUCUUUUUAUCAACUGUCAUAUGCGAAGAGUACCUCAACAAACUCCAGAAAGUUGACUUUCAUGUAUUUCACCCUCGUCUGCAACAGAGAGAUAAUUUAUUACCAGUAAAGUUAUGGCUACAGACUAAAAGGGCGAAAUAUUAAAUAAUAUGUAUAUAUAUAUUGAUAAUCUGUGAAAAAUAUUAAAUUAUUUCAUAUUUCC